UUUUUUUGAAGGCACACCAUGUGGCCGUGUUUUUUAUUUAAUGAACAUAAUUUCAGUGUUUGUUGAUGCUUCUUGUUAGUGUUGAGCUAGGAAGCUAGUUUACCUCAGGAGGCUAAAGUUAAGCUAAUAAAACUCACCUGACUUAGACAUGCUCUUGUCUGCUGACAUUCCUCUUUAAUAUUGUGAUUUAUUUAUUUAAGUGAUUUAUUUAAGUUUCAGUUUCGUGUUUUCGUCACUUUCUGGUCCUGGCAUGGAUUAGCAUUAGCGUUGUGUGAUGUAGCUUUUAGCUAGCGAACCUCUGAAGCUUUCCCUGGCAACCGAUACAAGUUCACUCUUCUACAGAGUACACGAAUAAACACAAUUAAAUAAAUAAAUAAGUGUUCUUAUUGAUAAUCAAUUAUAUUUCAUCGUGAUAUCCAGCGUGGUUAAUUAUUCAUUGGUGUUAAAUCUUCCUUUUUGUUGUAUUUGUUUGGUUUUAUUUGACUUGUUGUGGGUUUAACAUGUCCACCAGAUUCAUACAGUUUAUUUUUUAACCAUAAGGUCAUGUUUCAGUCUCUUUUGUACAUUUUCUCAUCAGGAAUCACAGAGUCUGUUCUGGAUGUAACCUCAGGUUCUUGUUCCUGGCUGACAGGACGGGAACGCGGCGUGGUCUGAGCUGCUUUUCUGCUCACCACGGUUGUAAAGAAUAUUUUAGUUACUGUCUUCAGUACUUGAGCUUGAAACACCUGACGUGUGGGGCGUAUGUUCUCGAAAUACAACUUGUAAAGGCUGAUUACGAUACAGAACCCAGCGACUAUAACCAGAAUAAUGCUCAGUCACUUCAACUGGGACAAAGAGAAGCUCAUGGAGAGGUACUUUGACGGGAAUCUGGAUAAAUUAUUCUCGGAGUGCCAUGUGAUCAACCCCAGUAAGAAGGCGAGGACGAGACCGAUGAGCACACGUUCGUCUAAUCAGGACAUGCAUUGCCAGAUCUGCUACCUGAACUAUCCCACUUCGUAUUUCACAGGUCUGGAGUGUGGACACAAAUUCUGCAUGCAGUGCUGGGGGGAUUACCUGACCACCAAAAUUAUAGAAGAGGGGAUGGGUCAGACCAUCUCAUGUCCUGCUCACAACUGUGAUAUUUUGGUUGAUGACAACACUGUAAUGCGGUUGAUCACCGACUCAAAAGUGAAGCUGAAGUACCAACAUUUAAUCACGAAUAGUUUCGUAGAGUGCAAUAGACUUUUAAAAUGGUGUCCGGCUCCUGACUGCCAUCAUGUGGUUAAGGUCCAGUAUCCAGAUGCCAAGCCAGUGCGCUGCAAUUGCGGGAGACAGUUCUGCUUCAACUGUGGAGAGAACUGGCAUGACCCGGUGAAGUGUAAGUGGUUGAGGAAGUGGAUUAAGAAAUGUGACGAUGACAGCGAAACGUCGAACUGGAUUGCAGCAAAUACCAAGGAGUGUCCCAAGUGCCAUGUGACCAUCGAAAAGGACGGCGGUUGUAACCACAUGGUUUGCCGUAACCAGAACUGUAAGGCGGAGUUCUGUUGGGUGUGUUUGGGUCCUUGGGAGCCUCAUGGGUCGGCCUGCAGCCUUGUGUUCUCCAGGUACAACUGCAAUCGCUACAAUGAAGACGACGCGAAGGCAGCCCGAGACGCCCAGGAGCGUUCCCGUGCAGCACUGCAGCGUUACCUUUUCUACUGCAACCGCUACAUGAACCACAUGCAGAGCCUGCGCUUCGAGCACAAGCUGUACGCGCAGGUGAAGCAGAAGAUGGAGGAGAUGCAGCAGCACAACAUGUCGUGGAUCGAGGUGCAGUUCCUGAAGAAGGCUGUGGAUGUGCUGUGCCAGUGCCGGUCCACGCUCAUGUUCACCUACGUCUUCGCCUUCUACCUCAAGAAGAACAACCAGUCCAUCAUUUUCGAGGUGUCUACCUGCGCAGCCUGGAUAGGAGAAAUGGAAACAAUCAGGCUGACUUGGAGAAUGCUACAGAGGUGCUGUCGGGCUAUCUGGAGCGAGACAUUUCCCAGGAUUCCUUGCAAGAUAUCAAACAGAAAGUCCAAGACAAGUAUAGAUACUGCGAGAGUCGACGCCGAGUUCUGCUGCAGCACGUGCACGAGGGCUAUGACAAGGACUUAUGGGAGUAUUUAGAGGACUGAGGAAGAUUCCUCCAAUCAUAAACUCUCUCUCUAUGAGGAGGAACCCUCCUCUCCGGCGGCUCCCGAGAAACGCUCUCGGUCGCCUCCAGACAUCGUCUACGUACCGCAUCCAUUUUUUUUUUCAUGCCUCUUCUGUUUUGUUUUUAUUGAGACUCUAAAUUAAUUUUAUUUGAAAUAAAAAGCUAGCUUUAUUAAAGACAAAACCAUGAUGUCAGUAUUGCAGUUUAGUUUGCAGCGAGGAACUGCGCUCUUCCCUCCAGCGGUGGCGUUCAUGGAGACUUCCUCGGUAGUUCUCUCUCUCUCUCUCUCUCUCUCUCUCUCUCGCUCUCUCUCGCUCUCUCGCUCUCUCUCAUAUUUUUAUCAGUUUGGUUACAAAGGGGGUCAUGCAUUUCAAUCUGUAAAUAACUUGUGUGCAUGGAACAUAGCGUGGGCCAGAUUUUCUUUCUCCUUUUUUUUGGUCCCCCCCUCAGUAUUUAUUCUUUGCAGAUUCUAAUAAAAGGCUUCUGUUUUUAUUUGUUAAAACUCGGAUGCUAGAGGAUAGAAACCACAUUAUCAUAAAGACCGCCGCAGCAACAGCGUACAAGUAGCCUUGAAUGUUAAGGAAUGGUCCUGGGUGAGAGAGGGGGGGUGGAAUAAAAAUCAAACGCACUUUCAUACCCGUUACUGUGUGAUGCGGUCGAUCGGCUCAAAAGCGGCACGUGUGUGUUUCUUUAGUUGCGAGUCUCAGUUACAAGGCUAAAGAUGGGAACAUCUGCACCAAGACUAAAAGAAGUAAACAAAUGAAUGAUUUUUGUUUUUUAAUGCACAUGUGACCACGAAGCCAGCUUCUGCAUCUUUUUCGAGCUAUCAGCCCUCUUCCGCAUACACGAGCUCACAGUCUCCCGUGACUGACUAGUGUCGCUGUGAUUGACACGGGAGAGUACGGGUAUGUCCUGCCCACCCAGGCUACAGACGGCCGUGGCAUCACCAGGAUUCAAACUUGCGACGACAGAGCUUAACAGUUGUUUUGUAUUAACAGAAGAGAUUUCUACUGACUACACGUCACGUUCCAUUACGCGUCACGUUUAGUCCUGGAGCUCUGAUGAAAGCAUGUCGGACAUCAGUCAUGUUAAGACCCUCCCCCAAAAAACCAAACAAACAACCAACCAAAUGACCCCCUUAAGUCGUCUAUUUAUGCGUUUGAUUGGCAACGAAAAACAGUAUUUGUUGAAUGUAGCAGAUGAACAUGUCUUAACGUUUGCUUUAUCACUGACCUGCAUGUAGGCAUGUGCCAAGAAUAAUGUUUCCACGAUAUUGGACAUGUGCAAUAUUUAAAAAAUGUUGUUGUUUUUUUUAUCGUGAACACACUUCCCUGCGUUGCGUUCGUCAUCCUUUUUGGACAGCUUCCCCCGUUCAGCUGUCUCAGACGGACAAAAACGGAAGACGUGCAGACCUAAACGGCGUUGACGUGAACGUAACAUCACCACGUGAUUGCUUGCACGUCGGUUCAGUUCUUGAAUGGUUAACACUACUAUAACAUAUAAUAUAGUUAUUUGCAAAUAAAGAAUGUAUCACUUAAACUUAAAGUCGUUCUCGUGCAACCGUUCGCCAUCAGAAGUCGCAUCGUUUAUCAAACAGCUUCGACUUGUACGCAGUUAAAGCGAUCUCUUUUCAGUAUAAAGAGGCCGGUUCCUGCGAGAAGCCAAAGUUCAAAAAGCGAUCAAUCUUUUUUUUUUUUUUUUGUAAACUACAUUGAUUUUGAUGACGUCCAUUUCAGUUUCUUCUUCAACACUACAAAAUGUGUAGAAAGAGGGGUGUUAAUACUUUCGCAUCUUGGCACAUGUCUACUGCAAAAUGGCUCUUUUUUUUUUUUACUUUGGAAAUUGAGUUUUGCGAGUCGUUUCCGUGACUCGUUUUACUUCCUGCGUUUUGUACACACCUGUUUGAAUGCUUGCUUGGUGGCGAUCCGCAAGGCAUCAGACGCUGAUAUGUACAGUACCUACUCGAUCUAUGAUCCGGUCUGUAAGAUAGUUGACAGCUCUGAGUAACUGUCAUUGUCACACUCACGACUUUCUAAAACUGGAGUUGAUUGGAGUGUACAUAGUUCUUUGUGUUUCCUUAUUAAAUACCGCCAUUGUGAGAAGCCUAAAGGACUCCAGUGUUGGCUGUACUGGGAGAUCUUCUCUCACCAAAGUGUGAAUAUCAGAUUUAAAAAAGAAAAUGAAUACUGCUUCCGGUAGGAGAAGUGUUCAUGUUCAGUGGCUUUCAUGUGUUAUAACCAUUCUUACAAAUGAAAAUUGUCCUAUUUAAAUAAAUCUCAUUCAAAAGUG